GUUUCGACACGAAUAUGCAAUUCGAUAUUUAUACCUCGUUAUCGAGCCGAACACAGCGACGUCGCGGCUCGAACAAAGGGGUGUAUAUAUAGAAAAUGACUUCAUCACAGCGCACAAUUGCCAUAUCGCCAUAGUUUCCGAUAGCCUAAACUCGGUGUAUACGGCGUAUACACACAACACGCAUAUCAGCUGACAGCGAGAGCCCACGUGUGCGCGUCGCCUGGGUAACGCCCGGCAAACAAAAAGUAGGCAUCGGAGGCAGGGGCCCAGCGCGGAUCAAUCACGUCCCUUGUGUGUGUGUGCGUGUAGGUGCUUGCAGAGGCGGCAGCUCCAAAUUCUCCAUGCGAGUUUUUCCUUUGAAGUCGACAAAAGUGCAAAGUUUCAAAAAUGACGCGAUGCUGCAGAGACAGCGGGAAUCUAAAGAGCUCAGUGUACAACCAGACGGGCCAGAGCUACGUCGAUCAGGUGUCGUUGCACCGAUCGAUGUGCACGCACUUGCGUCGGGUGCUGCUGGCGAAGAGCGUCGUGGACUCGAGGAACCCGAGAUUCAGCCGCCUCCAGAUGCAGAGAAGAUGCCUCGCCUCGACUCCCAGUCGACCCUCGAGCUGUAAGCUGAGAUUUUUCGAGAGAUGCCCUUCCGAGGAAACCAUCGACAAAUUGGCAUACGACACCGAGCAUCAUCCCUCUGAGAUAAUCAGGGUUCACUGCCGCAGCAAGAGCUCGUCGAACGAGCGGAGCUACAGCAGCGCCGAGGGACGAGCCGCCGCCGUCAACGAGACGAGUUGUCCCUGUGCGCGACCGAGCACUGCCAAGGACCGGCCGAAAUCGAGCUUGAAGAGUCGAAAAAGGCUCGACGAGAUCAACCAGUUCUGCGGCUCGAAGUCCUGCGUCAGCACGGCGAGCUCGAGGAAAUGCAAGUACGAGACUAAGCAGGAGCGACGUCCGUCCUCGUCGUCGCGAGGCGAAAUAAGCCAGAAGCAGCAGUCCGAGCCCGAGGAAAGUUUGGGAAAGUUGCAAGCGGGCCGAGGGGCAGAGGAGGAGGAGGCGCGCUACGCCAAGUUCGUCUACGACAUUACGCAAGAAAUCGUCCAGAGCGGUCUUUACACAGACCGGGAAUUAAAGCAAGUUUUCGAGAAGCAUCUUGAGAGGAGUUCCGGACGUUUGAACAAGAGGAAAAUGCUCUACGAGAUCUACCAGCUGAAAAUCUCGCUGAACAUGAUGGACGACUCGGAGGAGGAGGAGGACGAGGUCGAGGCCGACCUGGUCUACGCGGAGAAGUUCGCCAGCCAGCGGGUGCCCAAGCCCCCGACGCCCCCGAAGGUCCUCAACGAGAACAAGGUGAUCGAGAAGCUCGAGUCCUUCCGGCAGUUCCAGGAGAACGGCGAGCUCUACAACACCAGCGCGGCCUCGUCGCCGCGAAACAAGAGCGUCCGCGUCCUCCUCGUCGACGCCAACCCGGAGUUUCUCGUCACCGAGAGGGACGUGCUGUCGACGCUGAUGGACAACCACGUCGAGCCCGAGCAGAUCCAGAGGAUUUACAGGAAGCUUUUCCAGCGCAGCAAGGACAUGUCGCUCUGCGAGGCUGUGCAAGUGGGCAGCGAGGUCGCCUACGCGCACAGGCUGAGAGUCGACAGGAGUACCAGCGCGGGCUCGCUGAGCAGCGCUUACCACAAGGAGAGCUCCCACGGAAUCCUGCGGAAGGAGAGCACCGACUUUGCCGGCAAAUCGCUCGGCCCGGACGCUUCGCGGCUCAGCCAUCCGAAGAACAAGCAGAACGAGGCGCUGGAGAAGUGCGCCAGCUGGAGGAUCGAGCAUCGCUGCGACUGCAAGACGCAGCCGUGCGAGCUGGAGCGCGAGGCCGAGAAGUCGGCGCGGAAAAAGGACAGCUCUAAUAGGAAAAUUAAUUUCACCGAGAGCGAGAAGUCGAGGAGAUCCGGAAAGGAGGCGAAAAGUUCGCCGGAAACUUUGGCGCGCUCGAGCGCGGUGCCUGCCGAGAAGCCAGACUCGGCGCGCAGCGAGGAGCCCGAGGAGAUCGAGGAGGACAUCGAGUCGGUGAUCGACGAGCUGCCGGACAACAGGUCUCCCGUCGCCGACAAGUCCGACCACGAGGAGAAGGAGCUGUCCUCCGUCCAGGAGGAGGAGGAGGAGGAGGAGGAGGAGGAGGAGGAGCACGACGACAAGGCCGCCAGCAGCUCCGACGAGAGCCUCAAGUACUCGGACGACUUCUCGAACGCCUCGGAGGGCUCCAAGUCUCCCAAGGGCCAGGUCGGCAACCGGAGGUACUCCUCGAUGCGCGACUAUUUCGAGCGCUUCGCCACCAUCGACGAUCAGAAGAUCUGGCGCAUCAGCGAGGGCAGCUCAUCGUCGUCCAGCUCGACCUCGGCCGCCGCGCCUGAUUACCUGCAGCAGUCCUCCGCCGCCGGCAAAGUAAUCAAAAAGCGCACAAGCUCCGGAAUGAGCGGCUUCAAAGUCAUGGACUCGUGGAACGAGCGGCUGUCCGAACUUUCCAGCGACUUUUAUGUAAACUCUGCUGCUGGGGCCAAGUGCGACGAGCGCUGUAGACGAGUCUCCGUCAAAAGUUGCGGCGAGAGCUGCAAAUUCGUCAGGACCGACUGCCGGAACCUCGGCCGUCCCAGCGGCUGUUUGAACAACCGACGAGGCUCCGACGGUUCUUCUUGAGAGGAUGAGCCCCGAGCUUUGUAAAUUACUUUUUUCCUCUUCUAACUUUUUCGCAUAUUGGCCGUUGGAAAAUUUCGUCUAGUCCGUGGUUUUUUUUUUUUCCCCGUUAGUGUCCGUGCAAUGUAACGCUUGGAGCGACUGAAUAUAUAGUACAAAUAUUUUUUGAGCAGAGCAGGUGUGUUUCAAUCGAACAAAACGCAAGAGUGAUCGGUUUCGUGUCAAUGACUUUAUUUCAAUCAUGAAAGACAGACCAUUUAACGUGACUAUUACUUUGUAUGGUACAGUGCUAUUGUAUGCCGUUGAUUUGUUUACAGAUCUUCAACAAUGAUAAAAUGUACAGUGGAAAAAUAUACUUUAAUGUACAUACGUAUUAUAAAGUAGAAUAUUUAAAUGUACUCGACAUUUAUAUUUAUAAUAUACACGUUAUAUAUACGUACAGAACGAUUUUAAUAAUUUAAGUAGUUAAUCUAGUCAUGUACCACUUGCUACGCAUUAUACUUUACAUCGAGUUAUGAACAUAAUCAAAGUUUCAAGAAGUUAUGCACUAUUAAUCCUAGUAAAGUGUUUUCUUGCUUUGUACAUUUGUUACAUGUUUCUUUUAAUACGCAUGUACACCUAGAGAUAUGAUUGACGCGGAGAGCCGUUUGAGAAACGGCUCCGCGGUAAAGCUUACUUGCUAAACUUUAAGGCUGCUUAAAUUCUUGUACCGUGAAAAUUGACGUUUGGCUCAUUAGAGUGCAUCCAGACCUAUUCUCCUUCUCGAAGUUGAAUAUUCGUCAAUUAAGGCUCUACUAAACCUUUCAUCAGCAACAACAGCGAUAUAUAUAUAUAUAUAUAUAUAUUAUCUAAACUUUCCAAAUAAAC